CCAAUGAACAGUCGAUGGACCUACCUCACACUGCUGCUGCUACUGGCAGGCACUUCAGGCUUUCCGGAUGGCGCACCGGCGGAUACUUGCGUGAAGCAGCGUGCAAAUCAGCCCAACCAUGGCAAAGCGCGCUCCCAGCCGGCGCACACCAAUCCCUUUGAGGUGGUGGCCAGCGCACAGACCUAUCAUCCGGGCCAGGAAAUCUCCGUGCUAGUGUAUCCGCGCCAGCAGGGCUCGACCACAUUCCGUGGCUUCUUUUUGCAGGCGCGCGAUGCCAAUUCCAAUGAGUGGAUUGGCGAGUGGAUCCAAAGCGAGAACACCAAGACAAUACCGGAGUGUUCGGCCAUAACGCACUCGGAUAAUCGUGAUAAGUUGGGCGCCAAGCUGAUAUGGAAGGCGCCACAGAACAAACGUGGCAAUGUCUACUUCACCGGCACUGUGCUACACGAUUAUGGCAACUUCUGGGCCGAUAUUGUGGGAAUCGUGGCAACAGAGCCACAAUUAAUUAAAUAA